UUCCGCCGCGUCUUCUUUUCAAAUUCCACGUCGUCUUCACUUCUCUUCCAAGACAGAAUAAUUGGGUUUGGCAUAUCUGAAAAACAAGGGGUUCCAUGGCCCAAAAGGCCCAAAAUCCAACAGCUCUUCACUACAAGCCCAAACUAAUUGGGUUCGGCCUAUUUGGAAAAACAAUAUGUUCUGUGGCCCAAAAUGCCCAAAUCCAACAGCCCUAAACUGCAAGCCCAAAAUAACUUGGGUUCGGCUGUUUGACAAAGCAUGGAGUUCCGUGGCCGGAAUGGCCCAAAAUCUUAACCGCCCUUCUUUUGGUGAUUGGCGGCUCGGCCAUGACUUGUAACUUGUAAGCUUCAAAGUAAUAUUUUUUCACUCUCUUGUCCUGUUUGUCUGCCAUGGCUGCCGCUCUUUCAAGCUCACGGCUACAUUUUCAGACUGCCCGAGAGUUUCCUUCUAAGACUUUUCCUUCUAGCCGUUGUUUCAGAAAUGGGGCGGUGGGGUUUAAAUUCAAUAGAGUAGAGUUGUGGGACAGGGGACUGAAGAAAGUUGGGGGAAAAUCGAGAACAUUCAAUCGAUUCAACUACGGCGAUGGCGCCGUGGAGGAAGAGGAAGAGGAUUACAAUUCCGUGGAGGAUAAGCAGUUUGUGCGGUGGUUUAGGGAGGCUUGGCCUUACUUAUGGGCUCAUAGAGGAGGCACUUUCGUUGUGAUCAUUUCUGGGGAAAUUGUAUCUAGCUCUUACUUAAAUCUUAUUCUGAAGGAUAUUGCUUUUCUUCAUCACCUUGGGAUCAGAUUCAUUCUUGUUCCUGGGACCCGCGUGUUAAUUGAUAAAAUUUUGGCAGAGAGAGGAAGCAAGCCGAAUUUUGUUGGUCAAUAUAGAGUUACUGACAACGAAACUCUAGCAGCUGCAAUGGAAGCGGCUGGAGGUAUCCGUGUGAUGAUAGAAGCAAAGCUUUCCCCUGGACCUUCUAUAUGCAAUAUUCGUAGACAUGGUGACAGCAGACGUUGGCAUGAAGUUGGUGUAAGCGUUGUUAGUGGCAACUUUCUUGCUGCCAAGAGAAGGGGAGUUCUUGAUGGUGUUGAUUAUGGAGCAACGGGUGAAGUUAAAAAAGUAGACGUAGCUCGCAUGCGUGAGAGGCUUGAUGGUGGUUGCAUAGUUAUAUUGAGCAACCUGGGUUAUUCUAGUUCUGGUGAAGUUCUGAAUUGCAAUACAUAUGAGGUUGCAACAGCAUGCGCGUUGGCUAUUGGAGCUGACAAGCUUAUAUGCAUUAUUGAUGGUCCUAUUCUAGAUGAAGCUGGACGCCAUAUUAGUUUUCUAACUCUUCAAGAAGCAGACAUGUUAAUACGUGAAAGGGCCAAGCAAUGUGAGAUAGCUGCAAAUUAUGUGAAAGUUGUUGGUAAGGAAGAUUUUACUCGUAAUGAUUCAAAUGGGAGUAUCCAUUCACAGAAUGGAAAUGCUUCUUUCGAAGAUCAUAGUCCAACAUUCCAGCAUGGAGUUGGUUUUAGUUCCCAUCAUAGUCCAACAUUCCAGAAUGGAGUAGGUUUUGGCUCCCAUCGUAAACCAGUAUUCCAAAAUGGAGUUGGUUUUGGUAGUGGGAAUGGGCUUUGGUCCUCUGAACAGGGUUUUGCCAUUGGAGGUGAGCGGAAUAGCCACUUGAAUGGUUACCUCUCAGAAUUGGCUGCUGCAGCCUUUGUUUGCCGGGGUGGUGUUCAAAGAGUACAUUUGCUAGACGGAACUAUUGGAGGAGUUUUAUUGCUGGAAUUGUUUAAGAGAGAUGGAAUGGGCACUAUGAUAGCCAGUGAUCUUUACGAGGGAACACGAAUGGCCAGAGUGUCUGAUGUUCGUGGGAUUAGACAGAUUAUUCAACCUUUAGAAAUGGCUGGUACCUUGGUUCGGAGAACUGAUGAAGAGCUACUUGAAUCAUUAGACUCAUUAGUUGUCGUUGAGAGAGAAGGUCAAAUUAUUGCAUGUGCUGCACUCUUCCCAUUCUUUGAAGAGAGAUGUGGAGAGAUUGCUGCCAUCGCUGUUUCUGCAGAGUGCCGAGGACAAGGACAAGGCGACAAAUUGCUUGAUUACAUGGAAAAGAAGGCCGCCUCCCUAGGACUGGACAGGCUCUUUCUGCUCACAACACGAACUGCAGACUGGUUUGUGAGGCGUGGUUUCUCAGAAUGUUCAUUUGAAUCAAUACCUGAAAAUCGGAGAAAAAGGAUAAAUCUAUCCCGGAAAUCCAAGUACUACAUGAAGAAGCUGUUGCCAGAUAGGAACAGGAACGGUAGAAUUGACAGGGCGUUUGCUUGACCCUCGAUUGAGAAUUGAAAUGUCUCGCAGUAGAAGAAGCAUAUGUUCCUUUACCUGUCAGUCAAGACCCGUCGUCCAUACCAUGUGGGUUAUCAUCUGUAUUUGUUCACCUAGACAUGUAUAUAAUGUUCUAAAAAGAAGUUGAUUGCAGGCCUCCACAAUAAAAUUUUGAUUGUCUGCAUCAUAUCAAUGCCACUCAACGUGUACUUGCGACACACCAAGGUUUGUAUUUAUAUUUUGUUGGGCAAAUUAAGUGUAUAAACAGUGAGAUAGGUACAAAACAAAGGCAAAUUUUGAUUCCCUAGAUCAUAUCAUUGCAAUGUAUGGUGUCAUUUAUGCUUUUCUUUAGCAAAUCAAGUAUACAAACAGUGAAAAUUGAUCGUG